AUGAAAUUUUUAAAAAUGUUGCACUUCAAAACUAUCCCCGAAGACUACAUAAGGAAGACGGCUGAAUUCGCCCAGGUAGCUGUGAACUGCAGUCGAGCUGCUCAUCAGACUGCUCUUCGUGGUAAUAAGCUAAGCCCUCAAGUUGCCGCCUUAACACCGAAGGUCCGAGCCUUCAUCGAGCGAAGUGCUGCUUUGUGCGAACCAGAUCAUGUGCACAUUUGCGAUGGCUCCGAAGCUGAAGCCAAUGCUUUAGUGGCUCUGAUGCAAACUCAGGGUACAUUGAAACCGCUGCCCAAGUAUGAUAACUGCUGGUUGGCUCGCACGGAUCCAGCUGAUGUCGCUAGAGUGGAGUCCCGUACUUUUAUUUGUGCGGAGCGCGAGCGUGACGUGGUUCCAAUCGCACGCGCAGGCCAGAAGAGCGCGUUAGGAAACUACAUUCCACUGCCCGACUAUGAGAAAGCCGUUGCAGAACGUUUCCCAGGAUGUAUGAGAGGUCGCACGAUGUAUGUAAUACCGUUCUCAAUGGGUCCAGUUGGGUCUCCACUCUCUAAAAUUGGUGUUGAAGUUACCGACUCGCCCUAUGUCGCCUACUCCAUGAGGGUCAUGACCAGAAUCGGUGCCGCUGUGUUAGAAGCUCUUCGUAAGGAUGAACACUUUGUGCGCUGCCUCCACUCAGUGGGACGGUCUGCGUCAUCAGGCACCAUAGGAUGGCCUUGCGAUCCUGCUAGAACUAUCAUCCUUCACCGACCAGCUGACAAUGAGAUAGUUAGUUAUGGUAGUGGCUACGGAGGCAACAGUCUUUUGGGUAAGAAGUGCUUCGCUCUGCGGCUGGGUUCUGUUAUAGCGCGCCGAGAAGGAUGGCUUGCUGAACAUAUGCUGAUCGUAGGAGUCACCGAUCCGAAAGGUCGUAAGCGGUACAUCGCUGCAGCAUUCCCCUCGGCAUGUGGGAAGACGAAUUUGGCAAUGAUGACUCCAACCCUGCCGGGGUACAAGGUGGAGUGUGUGGGUGAUGAUAUUGCCUGGAUGAAAUUUGACAAGAACGGCGUAUUGAGAGCUAUUAAUCCUGAGAACGGGUUCUUCGGUGUUGCCCCAGGUACAUCGGCGUCAACGAACCCAAUUGCCAUGGAGUCAGUAUUCAAAGACACAGUAUUCACGAAUGUCGCGGAGACUAAAGAUGGUGGUGUGUGGUGGGAGGGAAUGGGAGCGGCCCCUGAAGGUGUUACAGAUUGGAAAGGACAGGCUUGGGAUCAGACCAAGAAGACGCCAGCUGCGCAUCCAAACUCAAGAUUCUGCACACCAGCGGCCAAUUGUCCGAUGAUAGAUGGAGAUUGGGAGAGCGCGGAAGGUGUACCGAUUUCUGCGAUAUUGUUGGGCGGGCGGCGCCCUGCGGGUGUUCCACUAGUUGUCGAAGCCCGGGACUGGGCUCAUGGAGUCUUCCUCGGGGCUUCCAUGAGAUCGGAGUCGACUGCAGCUGCUGAAUAUGCUGGAAAAGUGGUAAUGCACGAUCCGUUCGCAAUGCGGCCAUUCUUCGGUUACAACUUUGGCGAGUAUCUCCAACAUUGGCUGUCGAUGCCGCGAGCUGGUCGCCAGAUGCCUAAGAUCUUCCACGUUAACUGGUUCAGGAAGGACCAACAGGGUAAAUUCCUAUGGCCUGGCUUCGGUGAGAACUCCCGCGUUUUGGACUGGGUUUUACGUAGAUGUGAUGAUGAGCAGUGUCACGUGGAGACACCAUUAGGCUUUGUGCCAAAACCCGGAGCUCUUAAUUGUAGUAACCUUGGCGACAUCAAUAUGAACGAAUUGUUUAACAUUCCUAAGGAUUUCUGGUUGCAAGAGGCUGACGCGAUAGAAAAAUACUUUAAGGAAGAAGUGGGUGAAGAUUUACCGAACGAAAUGUGGGACCAACUGAUGACACUCAAGAAAAACAUUCAAAAAUCAUAG